AUGAUGGAACCUGGACAGUUGUGUUUGGUGAACUACGGAGAGGUGCCUCCUCUCUAUCAUGUGCGGCUCCUGUUAGCACCUACCAGCGUUGACUGCUGGAUGGUGCUGACGCCAGACAUGGACUCCUAUGAGGAGCAGAUGUCUCCACGCAACACGGACCUUACUGAUUUCAUCUAUUUGGGCUCGCACGCACAUAUUCCUAGACAUAUCCCUGCCAAUCAGGUGUAUGGUUUUGCUCCAAUGGAUCCUGGCUCACUGGCGCGUCACUUGGCAGAUGGACGUGUUGCGGCCAACAUCAUUCGAGCUGGUUUGGGUAUGGCUCCAUUGGCAGCUGGCGGACCGGCACCUUUACCGGCGGCUCCUGCGCCUCCUGCACCAAUUGCCCCAGCUGCUCCACCAGGAGCUUUGGGUGGGGCUGGGGCAGUGCCGGUGGUUGCGGGUGCAGGGAUCGCUGAUGUAUGGGUGGCCAUGGAAGAUUCUGCAGGCCGUAAGAAAGGGGAGAUCAUUUGUGAAGAUCCGAAUCCACUUCCAGUAGGGCAUGUGCUCAUGGGCAACAAGGCUCUUGUGCCUGGUCCUGGUGGUGCGGAUGCUUGUUUUGUCAAGAAGGUGUCGCGGGCUGAAGUGGCGCGCUAUGCCUUGGAUGAUCUUCGAAUUUUGCCUGUGGUUUUUGAUGGUCAAGGAGUGAGGCGAAGAGAAUUUAGUGAUGCGGUUGCUUCCAUGAAAGAUGGAGUGCCUCAGGGUGGAGGCCUUCAAUUGGAUGGUCCCACCUCAUCACUCAAUUUGGUCAAGAGCAUGCGAGAUCAGAACCUGACCCCCACCACCUUUCACGAGUACUGGUUGAGGUCUGCCGAGAUUCCGAAAGGAGACCGAAGCACAUAUGAGCAUGAAUGUUUGGGUCGAAUCUUGGAGUCUUUGAUCACUGUGGACCAGCUCAACAUCUGUGCCCUGCAGGGUGCCGAGUUGAUCUGCCGUCGACUUCAAGUGAUCAGAGAAGCUCAUCGCAUCUCUCCGAGUUCCCCAGAUUACUCAUCAGCAGAUCACUUCAUGGGCUGGAAGUGGCGACGUUCAGCACAGGGCGUCGACAUGCAGCUGGCAUCACAUGUGGCUCAGGCUCUUAAGGAUGAGGCAGCCAUUGCGAAGGAGGCACGAAAGGCUCGUGAAGAGCAAUCCAUGCGCCGCAAAAACCCUGGGAAAGGUGCUCAGGGUGGAGGCUCCUCAGUUUCUUCAAAGAGACGGAGCAUCAAGGUGCAGAAGAAGGUGAUGGAUGAUCGAGGUCGAGAACUUGUCAAGGAUCCCCUAGCUUUUAUGCUGCGAGACAGUGAGGAGUGGGGGGAGAUGGUUGAGCAUGAUGAAACCUUCCAGCCAUACAUGGACCCGCGGCUCCAGGCCGAUUCGGCACUCUAUGCCGUGUUCAUCAAAGAUUUGGUGGACAAGGGCAUGUUAGAUUUUACCUUGAGGCUCAACGUGGUCACAACUGGAAGUGCCUUCAGGAAGAAAUCGUUGCCAGGCUACGACAUCAUGGCUUCCGAGUCCAUGAAGAGACAGAGGUGUUUGGAUGGUUGGCUACGCGUCCUCGCGUCAAUGGCAAGGUGUGGCCGUGUGCUCACGCGACUUCCAGUGAGAGAGGAUGCGAGGCAUGGCCGUGUUAGGGAAACUUGGCGUUAUGUCAGUGGAAAUCCGGUGAGACCUCGCGAAGUUUUGGUUGAAACUGGUGACCCUUUUAGUGAUCCCAGCACGGUCAAGCCUUUGGCAGUGAAGCGUAGUGAUCCCUAUGAGCUCAACUUUGAUUUUCCUGACAUAGAAGAAGAUGUUAUGCAAAAAGAUCAGUGGGCCGAGUGUUUUGCUAUCCAUAUGCAACAUGCUGAGCACAUCACUCUUUUGGAAGGCAGAGGGGUGGUCCAGUUAGUGCAAGGCCUGCUGAUGGCCGAUCCAGAUGCUCCCCACAACAAACGUAUGACAAGAGACAUGCCCAAGAAGUCGCUCAACAUGACCCGCGAAGAAAAGAAGACCAUGAGACAGCAGCUGAAACAACAGUGUCAGCGACCGAAACGUUUCCAAAAUCAGACUUUUCUGGAGACUAUGGCUGUUUCACAGCCGGUGGCCGAAGACUACCACCGAAGAAUGCAGAGCUUCUUUCAGUUCCUGAGGAUGAAGAAGAUGCCCCAGGUCAGCUUGAGAAAGAACACACAGAAGUUAGACGAGGCCUGCAACUGCUUCAUGAAUUACAUGUUCGAUCAAGGCUUCGAACUGGCAGAAGGCACAAAGUUCCUCGCAGCCGUGUGCGACACGUUCCCAGGCUGUGGCCCCAAGCACAUUCUAGCCCGGACCAGACGGUCCCUUCAAGGGUGGCUGAAGUUGGAGCCUCAACGAACCAGACCGCCUCUGCCUUGGGCCUUGGUUGCAGCCAUGACUAUGCACAUGAUGAAACGCCAUCAAUUGCAUGCGGCAGCAGCAAUCCUCCUCAGCUUCACAGCAUAUCUCCGACCAGGAGAAGUGUUGGACCUCAGAAAAACAGACCUGGUGGCGCCGAUGGCAAGACAGGAGCACUGGUCUUUGCUACUGCAUCCUGCAGAGCGGCAAGAAAGAUCCAAGGUGGGCUUGGCAGACGAAAGCAUCCUCCUGGAUUCGCCGCUGCUUCCAUGGUUGGGCCCAGCUCUGAACAGGCUGCAGACCCCAAACAACUUUCUCCUGAGCUUGACCUACUACGACUUGGUCCAAGCGUGGCAGGGCGCUCUCAAAGCCUUGGGACUGGCCAAGGACCAUGCGGUGCUAUAUCAACUAAGGCACUCAGGUCCCUCACACGAUCGCUUCUUCAAGUUGAGACCUCUGACAGAAGUGAAACAACGCGGACGAUGGGCCGCCGACUCAACGGUCCGAAGAUACGAAGCACAUGCCAGACUGAACCAAGAGUUCAACGAUCUUCCGAAACAUGUUCAGAACAAGGCGCAACUUGCGGAGCAGGAGAUAGUGAAGGCGGGCCCAAAAUUUUUCGGCCUGUGA